UACAAUCAAACAACCUUACGCCUUUUGCCUCCAUAUCAUUUCCUCGUUAAUUCACACCAAAAACCUCAAACUGCCGUCGCCGUCGCUUAAGCCGCCGUUGCCGCUGAAAUCUCCGUCGUGUCAUCUUCCAUCUACGCUUCUUUAACUCAAUUUCAAAUCUAGCAUUGUUAUCAUUUGCUCAUAAUAAAGAUGUUUACAUCAAUGCAAAGUUGUGUUGGCUCUUCACCUCUACUAUUGCCGGUUAGUAGUAUAAAUCAGACUCAAGCACAUAUUAAGCAUUCCAGACCAAACAUUGGUAGGAUGCAACCCUUACCAUAUAACAUCAGAAAAGGACAACUUCAAACUGUAACUUCUCGAAGUUCGUCAUCUCAAUUCAAAUGUGCUGCUGCUUUGAGUGCUACAUGCGCUGCUGCUGGGGCAACCCAGACUGUAACCCGCAACCCUCGAACAAUUACAGUUACUCCUGAAAAAGUGAGGAGCCCUAGACUUGAUGACAACGGGCCUGGAUUGCCACCUCGUGAUGAUGAUGGAAACGGUGGUAAUGGAGGAGGAGGUGGCGGUAAUUUUUCAGGUGGAUUAAUCCUUUUGGGUAUUCUUGGUAUCCUAGACAUGCUUAAAGACAUAGAGGGUGAAGUGCAAAACAAAGUCAAAGAUUGGAAAUUUCACCAAGCUUGAAAGUUGGUCUUACAUAUGGCAGUGAAAUUACUUGAUCCCUUAUAUUUUAUCAAAAUAUGGACAAUCAAACCUAGUUAUCAAUGUCAGGAAAAUUGGGUUGAUCCUUUCUCUACUGCAUUCAAUAGAAGCCAAAUGGGGUGUGAUAUAUGGUUCUAAAUAAUGAGAUAUCUUAAAGCAUACACUUAUUCUUAGUGUUAUAUGUAAUGAACUUUAUAUUAG